UUUACUUUGCUCACUUUGGGCCAGGGAGAGGGUGGCUUUAGGUUCCCUGCGGAGGGAGGGAAGGAAGGAAGAAGGGGGCGCCCCAGUCAACAUCCCCUCACCCCACUUCUGAUUUGGCCUAUAGAAGGGGGAGAAGUUAUCUAAACAGCAUUCAUUUAAUUUUUUAAAAAAAAUCGAACGCCCACCACCAUAUCAGCACUUUGUGAAAAAGAAACUCCCAAGAAACACCCUGGAAAGAAAAAGAAGCCACCAAACCAUCUCACCUGGUGCUGAAAAAAAGAAGAUUGUUUGGAGCCAAAAUCUGUCUAUGUUUUUGUCCUUUGUCUGUUUUUAAUAUACUGCCCUAACUUGCUUGCUGUGAAGGGAGUAUGCAUCUGGAGAUCAAAGUUGCUCUGAACUUCAUCAUCUCGUAUCUGUACAACAAGCUUCCACGGAGGCGGGCCGACCUGUUUGGUGAAGAGCUAGAGAGGCUGCUUAAGAAGAAAUAUGAAGGCCAUUGGUACCCAGAAAAACCUUUGAAGGGAUCUGGCUAUCGCUGUGUUCAUAUUGGGGAGACUGUGGAUCCCGUAGUGGAGAUGGCAGCCAAGAGGAGUGGAUUGGCUGUGGAGGAUGUGCGAGCCAAUGUUCCUGAAGAACUGAGUGUCUGGAUUGAUCCAUUUGAGGUGUCCUACCAGAUUGGUGAGAAAGGGUCAGUCAAGGUCUUGUAUCUAGAUGACAGUGAGGGCUGCAGUGCAGCUGAGUUAGACAAGGAGAUUAAGAGCAGCUUCAACCCUGAUGCUCAGGUGUUUGUCCCCAUUGGAAGCCAGGACAAUUCCUUGUCCAAUUCUCCAUCCCCAUCUUUUGGUCAGUCACCCAGCCCUACGUUCAUCCCCCGCUCUGCCCAGCCCAUUACCUUCACUACUGCCACUUUUGCUGCCACAAAGUUUGGCUCAACUAAGAUGAAGAAAGGUGGAGGAGCUGGAGCAAGCACCAGUGGCACAAGCGUUCCACAGCCGCAGCAACGUCUGGCCCGGUCACCCACCAAUGGCCUGCUGAAGCACAAAGGCCUCUCCCUGUCUAUGCAUUCUCUGAACUUCAUUGGGAGCAGUCCGGCCCCUCAGUCUCAGCUCUCCCCCAAUGCCAAGGAGUUUGUUUACAACGGUGGAUCACCAGGAGCCAGCAGCCUCUUCUUCGAUGGUGUUGCCACUGAGAACCAGGCAGGUGGCAUCCCUCCGGCAUCCCAGUUCAGUGCCAGUGGUGGUGGCAACAGCAGCUUUGACAUGGCUCAGGUCUUUGGUGGAAGCACCAACAGCCUCUUUCUGGAGAAGACACCCUUCGUGGAAGGACUCAGCUACAAUCUGAAUGCCAUGCAGUAUCCCAGCCAGUCGUUCCAGCCAGUUGUUUUGGCCAACUGACCGCCAUGAGAGUAUUUUGGGGAAAAUAACUUCCAAAAAAGUGGGGAAAAAAUUAGAAAUAUUUGAAACCUUAUAAAUAUAGCUUCUUGGAAAGAGACAAACCCUGAUUCGUUGUGUCAUGCCAGGGAGCGCUGCUGAAGCACUGAUUAUUUUUUAAAACUUGUAUCCUGUGCUCUUUCCUACCCAUUGUUGUACACUUAAAGAGGGAGGUUAUCCUUCUCAGCCUAGCAGUGGUGGGAACCAGAGUCACUUUAUUAUCUCCCAUGCUGCUCUUUGGAACUGGUUCUCAAAUAUGCUUGCUGUAAGGAUGGCCUUGUUCAGGGUGCUGUCAUGGCCCUCAGGCGCAGGUGUCAUGAUUUUUUUCCUUUUUGGAGUGGCCUGGAGUGAGGAGGGGGAAUGGAUUUAGAUGGCUUCUGGAUGUGUGACAUGUGAAGCAUGUCCUAGAGGAAGUUGAGAGCUUGCUUUUUCUAUAUAUGAUGAGUGGAUGGUGAGAUGAAUGCAUUCAUUUCUUGUAGCUCUCCAAUUUUGUAUUCCUGUUGCAGAAUGGGAAUGAAAGUUCUCAGCUUCUUUUUGCCUGUGCUAACUGGUGAUGGCAGGGUCUUGUACUGAAAAUGUGACUUCUCGGAAAGCUGCUUUGGCUCCAGGGGAGUGCUAAAAGAAUAGCAUUGUAGCAUUUGAGACAGUUUGUUGCCUCAUGUUUACCAUUACAAGUCCUUCCUCUUCUCCCUCAGCCGCCUUUAAAGCGUCCUGGGGUAAGAUGAACUCUUUGAAAGCUCAGACCCAAUGUCACUUGCUAAUGCUAUGAUGUAUAAAUAAGACUCUAGAUGCAAACUCUUCUGACUUGUACAUUGCACUCUUUCAAGCGUAGGAGUGAAUGCUGGCUUUCUGGUGUUUUGUGCCUGAGCAGCACCCCAGUGAUAGUCCUUUGGACCAAUCACCUUGGUUUUUAUGGGGUUCUGAGCUCUUCUGUUGACCCCUAAGUAUUUGGUUACUGAUUCUCAUAGAAAGGAUGGUCUGCUCUCAGAUACUGUAUAGCACUACUUUUUGGCAGGGAACAGGAUGAUACAGUGCAGACUGCUUUCUGGAUGGAUGGCUUGAGGGUUUGCACUUUGAAUUUCAUGUCUUUUAAGACUUUUGACCAAAAACCUUAUGAUUUUUCAUUUGAAAGGAAGUAGGUAUUCCUGUAUGGAAGAGUGCCCCACAUAUCAGGUCCAGUGCAGACAUAUUCCAUCUUGAGACUCUGCAUGGGGGAUGAGGUGGGCUUGUUGUAGAAUUUCUAAGUGAGUUACAGUGUGGCAAGAAGAAAGUGUUCUCUAAUAUGAAUGUAGAGUCUCUCCUUAUUGUUGCUAGUGAGCUAGGAAUCCUAAUGGUAUUCCCUGCAUCUCCCCUUCUCAGCAGGAGAGGACAGCCUGGAAGACAGGGACAGUAGUGGCCUUCAAGAGUUGAGUGUUUUGCAGAUGAGUUGAUAAAAUCUGCCUUUGGCAGCAAACCUUUCCCUGUCUAUGCCUUGUGAGAUGAUUAGUAAGUCCCAAAGUUUACCUAGCUAUGGUAAUAAGGGGUGAGAGAUCUAGAGAGUUAUUAUGUGAGCAGUGAAGAUAGGUAGAGAGGAGGGCUGUGGAUUGCAUAGUCUUUCUAGGCACACUCUCUCCAGCUAUCCCCUUUGUGAUCUUCUCCACAGCAUGGUUUGGAGCGUGUAAAGUCUUGCUUCUGCAGCUUCUCUGGCAAAGUCAUAUUGAGUAGAUAAGCUACAAUCUGCUCUUCUAGAGCUCUCCAGUGACUCAACAGGAGACUUUAAUUUCCCACUACCCUCACCUGCAAAGCUAAACUAAGAAUUCCCUGCAGGACUGUAUAUGAGCCUUAACUGCCAUAAGCAUCUGCCCUCCUGUGAAGGUAUUAUUGUUUGACACACUAAAUUUCAUGGGUGUCGUUCAUGGGGAAUGACUCCUGCACAGGCUACGUUGUGCAAUUCAUUGGGCAUGUGCAGGAAACCUCCUCAGUGUGCCCCCACAUUGAGCCUGUUUUGCCCCUCCACCUUUUUGCUGGGCUGAGGAAAAGGACACUACAAAUUAUCUCAGCACUCUGCCUGUUUUCCAUGACCCACUCAGUGGAUGAGGAGGGGAAGGCAUUGUUGGGCAGUGACGUGAUGCGUGAAGUUUCAUGGGACGAGAAGUCCAAAACUUGAACGAGACACUUAGGAACUGCUUAGCAAAGGCAUCUGUUGUUCAUUCCCCCCCUUCCACUAACAUUACCACUGCCACCCACUUCCCCCUCUUGAAGUGUACUGUAGACUGCCAAGCUAUUACACUGGACUUGACCAUAUCUCCCUCCCUAGGAGAACUGCUGGAUUCCUAUCCACCCAGCAUAAUCUCUUCUGAUAACUUACUCCUGCAGCAGAAGCUGUCUCGAGCCACUGCCUAGGUGGGUUUAUGUACCCUUCUAAGGCUUUAGUAUAUUAAAGGGAGAGAGGAAACCUCACUAGCACCUGCAACGUGUGAUGUCUGACACCGCUUUAUUCUGCUAAUUGCUUUGGAAAAGAAGUCUGCAUACACCAGGAGGAAAAGGGGAGGGACCAACCUCUAUUUUUUAAAGGAACACAUACCGGAACACAUACCGUGCUUCAGAAGCAUUUCCAGUGCUGACGACAAUGAAACUCACGGCCUCUUUUUUGGUCUUCUUGUCUCAAGAGUUAGACGUUCAGCUUCAAUUUUAUUUUUAAAACCUGCACUAAUUUACCUGGUUUCUUAGGAAGAAAAAGAGAUUUUUUUUUAACUUUUAUUUUUAUGGGUUUGUGUUAAUUUUUUUGUUGUCCGUUUAUAUUGAAUAAUUUGCUACAUUUGUAAAAUGUAAGAGGUAUAUAUAAUAUAUGUAUAUUUCUAACGUAAAAAAAAUUGAAAAUUUUCUUUUCAAGAUUUUUUCUUAGAGGAGAGAAAAAAAUAUUUUUUCAGGAAAAUUUUAAAAAAGCAGCAGUGAAAGCUCCUUUCUCCCCUCGCCUCCCUCCUUCCUGACCCUUUUUGAAGAGUGAAUCAGCAACAAGUGAUCUUAGAGGAUGGAUGAACACAAAGAGGACAGAAUUAUGUAUGUUUUUUAAUGCAGAGGUCCAUGCUGUUCUUGUUUGUUUUUUUGUUUUUUGGGUUGUUUUUUUUUACAGGCAGGGGGCCAUUGAGUAGGGAUCCAGAGGGGGUUUCUUUUCUUUUUUUUCUCUAGCGAAGGAGGAAUACAAUCAGAGUUUUGUAUUCAGAAUGUUGUGCAAUAUUUUGGAACAGGACAUUGGCAUGUCUAGAGAUUUAGUUAAAAACAACAAAGGUUGAUCAAAUCUGUACAGUUUCUAUUGUUCCAGAUUUUUUUAAGUUUGUAUUAAAAGCAUGAUAUAUAAUA